ACGCGCGCGGGUCCAGUGCGGCGCGGCUAGCCAGGCAGUGCGCCUGUGCGGCCGGCGCAUCCCAAUGGAGCGUGGAGGCGGUUUCGGGGCGGGAUCCCGUGCUGAGGGGAAUGCGAGGGGCACCCCGCUUCCCGGGAAGAUGGCUGAGUCAGGCGCUGUGCGAACCUCGCCACCCAACCACCGGCCUACAGGUAUGGAUGGAUUUUUAAAGUCAGAUGAGAGACAAAGACUAGCCAAAGAGAGAAGAGAAGAAAGAGAAAAAUGUCUGGCUGCCCGGGAGCAGCAGAUCCUGGAGAAACAGAAAAGAGCUAAGCUCCAGUAUGAAAAGCAAAUUGAGGAGCGAUGGCGGAAACUGGAAGAGCAGCGACAACGGGAGGAUCAAAAGAGGGCUGCUGUAGAAGAGAAGAGGAAGCAGAAGCUCCGAGAGGAGGAGGAGCGACUGGAGGCAAUGAUGCGCCGGUCCCUGGAGCGUACACAGCAGCUGGAGCUGAAGAAGAAGUGUUCCUGGGGAACAUCGCUGGCCACAGGACCUGGAGGACGUGAUGGUGAAUCAGAAAAUACCCCACCCCCUCCUCUAGGUUUAGCAGCCAGCACUCUUCCUCCGGACGCAGGAACCACUGCCACCGCUGCCGAGUCCAGCAACGCAUGUGACAAACUUUCUACAUCAACCAUGAAUUUGCCAAAGCAGAUGGAGCCUCCCAUGAGUAAACGCCUGUCUUCAUCCACCGUGGCAAUAUCCUAUUCCCCAGACCGAGCUCAUCAUCGCAUGCACCUUAGUCCCAUGGAAAACUUUCUUGUUAUGCGACUGUUGACACCCACACAGGCUUCUUUAGCCAGAAGCAGAAGUGCACUCAUGCUCUCUGAGCAGGCCAAUGACUCAGUAUUCCAUGCCUGUCCUCGUGUAGCUCCUGUUGGCCCUCUUAAAUCUUCGUACAAGUCUUCUCCUACCAGAACCACUGAGAGGAAGAAGGCUACAGCUACAUCUGGUGCAGGAGAUGCUGGGAAAGGAGCCCCAGCAGGAGCAGAGGCCUCUCCGGUGGAGAAGGUGAAGAGGGGACAGCGAGCGACAACUUCCAUCCCUUCCGGGGGCCUCGGGUCCCCACUGAGAAGAUGCGAGCUUCCCGCAGGCCUUCCUAAGAGAUCGUCUUCUCCUGUGUUAUCCAAGACAACUUCAAAAGUGUAUCCUCAGUCUCCAAAGACAGUGAAGCCAUCAUACCCAGGGUCUCCUGUGAAGUACCGCUUUUCCCCCAUUCCCAACCAAGAAACACCCAAGAAGAAAGCAGAGAAAGAGAAGAGCAACAAGGAAAAGGAAGGUGCCUCAAGUCAGGCUGCUGGCCAUCUUGGAGAGGAAACUCCAGAGAAGUAUGUGACAGACAAACAUGCUACAGAGAAGCAUGUGGCAGAGAAGCAUGCCACCGAAAAGCAUAUGGCAGACAAACAGGCCACUGAGAAGCACGUGGUAGAUAAGCACGCCACCGAGAAGCAUGUGGAGGACAAGCAUGCCACUGAGAAAUAUGCUGCCACAGGAGGGAAGGUUGAGAGCAAUACAGCCUUGGGGAAGCCUACAGCAGGCACCACUGAUGCAGGAGAGGCUGCAAAGAUCCUAGCUGAGAAGAGAAGACAGGCUCGGCUGCAGAAGGAACAGGAGGAGCAAGAACGAUUGGAGAAGGAAGAACAAGAAAGGCUAGAGAGAGAAGAAUUGAAAAGAAAAGCAGAGGAGGAAAGGCUGCGCCUAGAAGAAGAAGCCCGUAAGCAAGAGGAGGAAAAGAAAUGGCAGGAAGAGGAAGAAAGAAGAAAGGCAGGAGAGGAGGCUAAGCAGAAGGCAGAGGAGGAGCUGUUGCUGAAAGAAAAGCAAGAAAAAGAAAAACAAGAAAAAGCCAUGAUUGAAAAGCAGAAAGAAGCAGCAGAAGCAAAGGCCCAGGAGGCAGCUAAACAGAUGCGUCUAGAAAGAGAACAAAUCAUGCUGCAGAUUGAGCAGGAGAGACUGGAGAGGAAGAAGAGAAUAGAUGAAAUCAUGAAGAGAACAAGGAAGAGUGAUGUGUCUCCAGAAGUGAAGAAAGAAGACUCAAAAGUGGAGAUUCAGCCUGUUCUAUGUGUGGAAAAUAAGACAAAACCAGUUGUCCCCAACAAAAUAGAAAUCAAUGGAUUGAACACCUGCCAGGAGGUUAAUGCUAUGGGGCACGCUGCCCCAGAAACUUUUCCACGAGAUGUUUUUUCUAAUGGGCUUAAACCAGUUGGGGCAUUUGUUCAUCUGGAUGCCCUUGAUGGGAAAUCAAAUAGUCUGGAUGAUUCAACCGAAGAAGUUCAGUCUAUGGAUGUGAGUCCUGUUUCCAAAGAAGAACUUAUCUCCAUCCCAGAAUUUUCACCAGUGAGUGAAAUGAUUCCUGGGAUGUCUCUGGACCAAAAUGGAACUGGUAAUGCCCGAGCACUUCAAGAUCUCUUAGAUUUCACUGGUCCCCCGUUCCCCAAGAGAUCCAGUGAAAAUCUCAGCCUGGAUGACUGUAACAAAAACCUUAUUGAAGGAUUUAACAGUCCUGGCCAAGAAACUACUCUGAACUCCUUCUGUUGACAAAUACAACAUCCCUUUAAUGAAAGGUGGUGUUUGGAAAACCUGUGAAGUUCCCGGUAGUCAAAUCAGCUGCCGGUCAUCUGAAGAAGCUUCUGUCACCCUUUACGCUGGAUUCCAAAUUACUAGAUCAGAAUGUAACUGUAUUCCUAGGUAGUCAAACCCUGGCCUCUCAUGGUAGAAACCUAGAGGCUUUUGCCUUGUUGGGCUUUAGCGAUGUUUCAUUUUACAGUUCUAUUUAUGAGCUUCAGCUGCUGCUAAAACACUUCCUGUCCUUCUGUAUUAUCAUAGUGAUCCUCUGAAUAACCUGAAUGAUGCUGGUUCAGAAGUUCAUUCCAUGACCAGUCUCAUGCCCAGAGUUGGAGCACAUAUUAUACAUUUAGAUGUCUCCUCUUGUAAAAUAUUCUAGACAUUUACCCAAACUCUAGUUAAAACAUGUAUUCAGCUUGGGCUGCAUAUCUCCCUUUGUUUAUAAGGAAAAGAAAUUCUGGAGUUUUCUCCCCCUCUGGGGUUUCUCUGUUUGAAAGUACUAUGAAGAAGUCUUUUUUAUCAAUAAGCUUUGCCACCUGCAUUGCCCUACAUUAUACUCUUUUGGGGGUUAAUGUAAUAAGUGUGUUUGAGUAAGGAAGCAUUAAAUGGUCCGUAAUAAUUUCUGUUGUCUUAUGCAUAUUUGUUUGUACAUGGACAUCUUUGAUGUCAUACCUUAAAAUCUCCAAACUGUAGUCACUCCAAACCAUGAGUGACUUUCCAACUAAAUUAUGCAUCUCAUGUACAGGUGGUUGGUUUUCAUGUUUUUGCUAUUGUUUUUGUAUUGUAUCUUGGGAGUUUUCUCGGUUUGCUCCUGUGUUUGCCCAACUAUGAUAAAUCCAGGCACAAAUAAAAAUCAUAAUGCUCUGAAAUAAGGGGGCCUCCAAUUGAUCCCAGGACAUCACUGUAAUAGACUUUAACAUGAAAAAAUCUGAAUGGGAAAAAUGACACUAGAAUGUAACGCCACACAUUUUAUGCCAUAUAAUGCUGUGUUUUCUUAAUUUUAUUUCUUGUGGAAAAAUGUGACUCAGAUUAAAAUGACCUUUUCUUCUUUGAAACUUUAUUUUGACUUGUACAAUAAGAGGUUUGGAAAGAUUUAUAAUUCUGAGAGAGGUUUGCAAUCAGGAGACAUAAAGAUAUCUCAAUAGCAAUCGUAUUCAUGUGCUUUUAAAGCUAGCUACAGUUUAAGAGUUUAUUAGUUAUGGAAACUGUGUAUGUUUGUGUAUGUGUAUAUACUAAAUAAAAUACAUGCCUCUAAUAAUGCAGUUCUAUUGAUCUUGAUGAAUACCAGGGCGAAAAUCCCUUUUAUGACAAGCACACAGAAAAUGAUAGCAUGGUCUGACUUUCAAAAAAUGCCUAGCCAUCUUUCUUACAACUUUAUUUUGCUAGAAAUCUAUGCAGUUGUGAUCUGUUGUACCUCACAGAACCAUUGUGACUGGUAAUGCCUCAUGUGCAUGAUGUGAACAUUCUGUUUAAUGUGAAAUACAUUUUCAUCGAAGAGUC